AUGUCAUUUGAAGAUCAGGGCUAUGGUUACAAUUCUGAAGAAUUGAAGACUCGUCCUACAAGUGGGGAUGGGGAGGUUGAGAGGGAAGUGUUUCCCAAGUUUAAUGAGGAGCAGGCCUUUGGUAAGUACAGCUUGAGCUUGGAAUGGAGUUUGGCAGCUUGGAGCACUUUAAAUUGGGUGUCAAAGACUAUUGGGAGGCAAUUUGUAUGGGUUAAGAAUGACAAAGUAAGAUCAAGGGCCAAGUGCUCAAAUGCUGACUGUGAGUGGAUGAUAUAUUGUUCUUGGAGUAACAAAUUCAAUUGUUUCCAAGUCAAGACAUUCAAUGAAAACCACACGUGCUGCAGAAUUUUCAAAAAUGAAAGGGCCACCAGGGAUUGGGUUGCUGUAAAGUUGGAGAAAAGGCUGGUCACACAACCCAAUAUGACAAGAGCCGAGGCUUAUGAGCAUUUAAAGGAAGAGUACAAGGUCCAUGUUCAUCUGAAGAAAUUAGGGAAGGCACUACACAAAGCCAAGAGAAGAAUAGAAGGAAAUGAGAAGGAACAGUAUGCCAAGCUAAGGGACUACCUGGCUGAGCAACCCUGGCUGCACUUGCCAGAUGCAAUGGGAGAGGAUGCAAAUAAGAGUUUUUAUGUCAUUGCUUUUGCAGUUGUUGAUAGUGAGACUAAAGAAAAUUGGAAGUGGUUUUUGAACUUGUUACAAGAGGACAUUGGCAGCCAUGUAGUACAUGGCUGGAACUUCAUUUCUGAUCAACAAAAGGGUUUGAUACCAGCAUUACAGGAGGUCAUGCCUGGUGCCCAUCACAGGUUCUGUGUGCAGCACGUGUGGAAGAAUUUUAUUAAGCAAUGGAAGGACAAAGCCAUUAGGGGAAUAGUGUGGGAAGCUGCACGCUGCACUACUGUGCCCCAAUUCCAAAGAACAAUGCAGAAAUUGAAGGAGUUGAAUGAAGAUGCUUGGGCAUACCUUCACAAGAUUGACCCCUCAUGCUGGGUGAAGGCCUAUUUUAGUCACUGGCCCAAGUGUGACAAUAUAACCAACAACAUGGCUGAGGUGUGGAAUGCAAAAAUUGUUGGAUACAGUCCAAGCCCAUUGUCAGCCUAUGUGAAGAACUUAGAUGCUAUAUCAUGA